UAGCCUGAGUUCGUCCUUUUCUAUCACUUCCUCAUCAUGACACCAUUCCUAUUUAGAAAAUUGACUUUUGAACUGUCAUCGCAUCCAGAUUGUCUUUCCUUCACACUCGUUCCCUUCUGACUUUUCUCUGAGCUCGGAGACCCAAAAGGCGGUGGCGAUAGCGAUGGAGGGUCUUCCCUCUGGUUAUCGUCCCAACGUUGGAAUCUGUCUCAUCAACGAUGAUAAUCAGGUCUUUGUGGCUUCCAGACUGAAUGUUCCUGGAGCAUGGCAGAUGCCUCAGGGAGGAAUUGAAGAUGGGGAAGAGCCAAAGUCUGCAGCAUACAGGGAAUUGCGAGAGGAAACUGGAGUAGUCUCUGCGGAAAUUAUUGCUGAGGUUCCUAACUGGUUGACUUAUAACUUCCCACCUGCUGUGAAGGCCAAAGUGAAUCGUCUGUGGGGAGGUGAAUGGCAUGGACAGGCACAGAAGUGGUUCCUUAUGAGAUUCACGAAAGAUGACAGUGAGAUCAACUUAGCAACUGGUGAAGCAAAACCAGAAUUCUCCGAGUGGAAAUGGACAAGCCCUGAAGAAGUCAUUGAGCAGGCAGUGGACUACAAGCGGCCAACAUACGAGGAAGUUAUGAGAACCUUCGGGCCUUUCUUGAAAGAAAGUGGAAAGCCUUCUAAAUGCCAAUCGUCAAAAUGGUAAAUGAAGUGAAAGUGGUCUUUGCAGCUCUCUCCAUGUUUCUCACUUUCACUCACAAACAGUGGGGAUCCAGAACUUGCUUUGCUACCUGUAAAUCAAUAUGAAAGUUAUUUUUGUGUUGUCUAUGGAUAUGACAGUUGAAGCCUUUAGAAUAGGCGUUUGCUUAAGUGAAGGAAAGUCUCAAUCCUUUUUCAUGAUUUUGUUUAUAAGGAUUAUUGUUAUCAAAUGAAGUAUUAUGGCGGUCCAUCCAAAAUGAAAUGUCGAUUUAAGCAAAU